CUGUAACAGAGAUAAUUUUCCCCCAUAGCUGUUGAGGUAAAACUCAUCUUUGGCCUUGAUGCAAGCAUAGAUAAUAGCGUGGUAUCAUCCGAUAACAUUGUUCUGUUUACUGUGAUAGCGGGAGGAUGGUCUGUGCACCCCGACUCCGCGGAAAGCUGCCCACUCCAUACCUCCGCCGCGCGCAAGGUGUCAGCUUCCCUAGACAUCACCACAACAUCCAGCGGCUAAUCAGACAAGGGGCCAGCUCCUAUAUUUAUUUCAUUUGAGGCCUGUUGUACCGCAUAAUACAGAAUGGCCGACGACGAGGCAAAGGCAAAGGCGGAGAAGCUCGCGGCUGCUAAGAAGAGGGUCGCGCAGCUGCAGAAGCAAAAGAAAAAAUCAAGCAAGAAGAGCGCAGCUGCAGAGACAGCUGGGGACACGACACCAGCCGAGGAACCCCCUAAAGAGGAUAAAGACCAUGCGGCAGAAACCACGGAGAACGCAGAGAAAGAGAAGGCAGACGAGCCAGAGGAAAAGGUGGAAGAAUCGGCUACGGAGCCUAUGCCAGAAGCUCCUACAUCUCCCGGCCCUGAGGCAGAACCAGGAAACGUGAAAGCAGACACCGUAAGUGAUGCACGUCGGAGACAGCCCUCCAUCUCUGUGCAGUCUAAAAUGCGAUCAUCUUCAUUCCGCAAUUCAUCGAUCUCCUUUGGAAGCUCCUCCCCGAACCCUCUAGCCAGCAUCAAGUCGCCGCCUCUUCCUCCUUUGACUCCUGAUGGUGACAGCGUACAGGAGGUUUAUCGAAAACAAGCCAGCAGAAUCGAAGAACUCGAGAAGGAGAAUAAGAAACUUGAGAAGGAUCUUGAAGAGGCAAACGGGAGAUGGAAAAAGACAGAAGAGCAACUGGAAGAUCUCCGGGAGGCGAGCGUGGACGUUGCAGAACUGAAGGACAAGCUGAGCAAGGCCGAGGAGAGAGCAUCGGAGGUUGAUAAGUUGAAAGUUGAGAUUUCCUCGUUACAACGCCAGAAUUCGCAUCUCCACAAGACACACAAAUCCACAGCCAGCAUAGCCGGUACAUCGCAAUCUCCAUCGGAUCUCGUGCAGCAGCUGGAAUCCAAGUCUUCUACCAUUGAGGCAAUGGAAUUGGAGAUAUCUAAUUUACGAGCCCAAUUGAACUCUCAGUCGACCACGAGCAGCUCACAUGAAGAGCAGAUUUCUGCUUUGGAGGAGAAGCUCUCCCGCAGUGAAGCUGCUUUGCAGAAGACGCAAGCUGAACUCACAGAUGCCAAGAAUGCCCUCACACGAGCAGCUGAGAAAGCAGUUAACGAGGGCGUCAACAAGACCUCUACGGAGACAUUAAUUAAGAGCCAGGAGCGCGAGAUCAACGAGCUCAAGGAGGCGAAGGCUGCAGCAGACAAGAAGAUUGAGACCCUUGAAAAGAAGCUCCAGGCACUGGGCAACCUACACAAGGAGUCCGAGUCUCGAAACCAGGUACGGCUGCGCGAAGCCGAAAAGGCAGAAAAGGAUGUUGCCCAUCUGCGGAAGAAACUGGUGACGAUCGAGAACGAAAAUCUACGACUCAAAGAGGAACGUGAGCGAGCACGCAAGCGAGAAGCCGUUGGCGAGGACAACGAAGGGCUUGAUGAGCUGGAAGACGAAGAACGGGCGCGCCUUGAGCGAAGAGUCCGUGAGCUCGAGGGAGAAGUCUUCGACCUCCGCCGUGGAGUUUGGAAAGAGCGCCGAAUAGAAUUACAAGGGGAAGAAGAACAUGCGAUAACAUCCCCGGCUGCCACCGCUGCCAAUACCUUCGACGAUGUAGAUCUCAUCGGUGGUGUUCCUGACCAUUCUCGCCGCCGCAGCACCGCAGGCCGAUCUCAGCAUUCCUCUAUAACGGCCGCUCUCUCAAGCGGUCUUGCAGCUUUCACCGGAGGAAAUAACGGAUGGAAUCGUCCUCCAUCUCGUCAACACCCCCCAGCUACCCGAGGAAGCUUGGAACUUCUCUCCGAGAACGAUGACGAUUUCGACGAAGAGGCUUUCGCGCGUGCACAGGCAGAAGAAGAGUCCCGUAAGCGUGUCGAAUGGGUCCGCGAGGUCAAGUCGAAGCUCAACAACUGGAAGGGGUGGCGCCUCGACCUAGUAGACAGCAGAGCCGGUGCUGAGGGCGCAGGCGUCGGCAUGGGAGAGAUAUUCGAGAUUUGAAGGACUCUAGUAUCUAGUGUCUAAUGACCUAUAUUUUCUUUCGUGUAGUGGUCUCGGGUGGUC